AUGGCUACCCCUUCCAAACCCACUGUCUAUAUCAUUGACUCUUCUGAGAAACUGAAGACUAUUGGUCAUUCAACUAGAGUGGCCUCCAAAAACAACCCACCUGCGGAAGAGAGUGCUAAAGGUGCCAGCACCUCAGCAGUUCCUCCUGCGAAGGGAAAAGCAACUGCAGAAGAGAGCGCUAAAGGUGCCAGCACCUCAGCAGUUCCUCCUGUGAAGGGAAAAGCAACCACCAUGUCACCAACUGCGGAAGAGAGCACUAAGGGUGUUAACACCCCAGCUGUUCCUCCUGCGAAGGGAAAAGCGACAGCCACGUUGCAAUCCAAACCUGCCAAACCUGGGGCAUCUUUACAGAAAGCCCCUGCCCCACUACCCCUCCCUCCAUUUGGUUCCAGCAUGCUACAAGGCAGCAUUGAGCCAAUUGUGAUCAAUCCUCCUGGUCUGAACCUAACUAUGUUACAGGAGACCAGGCAAAUUAUCUUGGAAGCCCCUUCCCUCACUUACUUGACAACCAUAUCGAGUAUCUCCUCAUUAGGCAAUAGGAGUUCUGGCAGAUCUGUGAUACCCCAGCACAUCUUUGAAGGGAUUCUGACAUAUGAGAAAGUCAUGAUCUAUGACGAGUCUCUUUUGGCUUCCCUAGCUCAUUACCACCCCUGUUUCAACCCUGCGGUUGAUGAUGACCCUCUAGUCUUUUUCAGAGGCAUCAAUGGGAAGCUACCUGGGAAAUCCAUAGCAGAUUCUCAAGGGAUCCAUGACCUCUUAUGGCAUUGGUCUGCACCCCAUACUCAAGCUUUAUGGGUUGAUCUUCUGACUGCUGUAGACAAGCUUCCCCAAGUGCACCUAACACCAGAAUACAUCAGCAAAUACUUGGUGGAUUCUGUGAAGUACUAUUUGGUACCUCCUAUGUUCCUUGAGGAUGUGGCUCAGCUUUAUCUAGCCAUGUACCAAAUUCUUGGAGCCUUCCAGACAUUCCUGGAAGAAGUUCUACAGCACUGUUGCGAGGUUUGCAAUUCCCACAUCAAAGAGUACUUCAAUGCUAUGAGGAAGAUCUUCCUCCAGACCGACGAGCAAGAGUCCAUCAGCACCAUGUACUCGACUUGUCCUUCCAUUCACUCUCAAUUCGGACAGGAAACAGCUCACAAGGAAGUAGGAAAGCUUCUUCUAUGCCCAGACUAUGACUACAUCCCUGUCGCUUACCAAGACGGAGUCAGUCAUUUAACGGAAGCUGCAGUAGCUGCCGCUAACAGGAUGCACCAGAAAGUACUGACUGUCUUCUAUAAAACCACUUGGGCUUGGGUUUACCAAACUGCUCCUACUGGAGCUGUUAUUGCCGCAUGUUCUGCUAGUAAUGCUAGCUACAAAUCCAAUCGAGUGUUCUCUCAAUACACAUCCUCCGCCAUUCCUACUCCUCAAUAUGCACCUUCAGCAGUCCCCACUACCACCACUCAGAGCAUCAAAGUGUCUAUGCCUGCCUCUAUAUCCGACAUUGCCCAUUGUCAUCAUGCCAUCUCCACUAUGCCUGGCAUGGGUCGAAUAGAACUACCAGUGAAUGAUGCUCCUGCUACAGCACCUGUGGUCGACAUGGGCAUUGAGCAGCAAACUCUGCCUGUUAUGCCUCCUCACUUAUUUGACAGAGCACCAGAACACCUGCCAGCUCCGGCAAGCAGCGUGCCUUCACAUUGGACAAGCUACCAGUUCAAGGACAAUUGCCUCAUACCCUCUCCCAGUGAUGAAGAUCUUAGAUCUCCAGGCAACCCUCCCCCAGGAGGUAACCCUCCAGACAACGAUUCAGGGGGCAAUGGCCCUGGCAGCGGUGGAGGUGGUCCUAAUGGUGGUCCCCCUGGUGGCCCACCCAGUGACCCUCCUGGUGGUCCUCCUGGUGGAGGUGGAAAUCCCCCUCCAGGCUGGUGCCAGCUUGGGAUGGACAUGGCUCCACCUGCCAUUGAGUACAUCAGCUCUAUGUCCUUCCUGGCCAGGAUGAGCAAUAAAAUGAAGGAAGGUGUAGCUGCCAUGGCUCCCUACAAGUGGUCCGGUUGCACAAAAAGCUGGUGGGAAUGUCUGCCAUUGGCUAAUCAAACAUAUUUCCGUCAAGACUGGGAACACAUGAUGAUUGGUUUAUGCAUUCAGUUCCUUGAUCUGCGUUGGUCUUGUGAACGGCUGUAUGAGUUUGAAGCCAUGUUCUUUCAUCAAAAGGGACACAUGACUGAGGACCCUAUAGAUUUCAUACAACAUAGGGUCUCACCACAUGUUCCUUCAUCCUGA